CUAUUUAUCUAAUAAUGUAUUAGUUAUUAGAAAAACUUGAGUUUCCAAACAUUUAUUAAAAAUAUAAAAUUUAAGACUUCAUCAUGAAUAUGAAAUUUCUUAUUAAUUUAUUUCUUCGGCCUAAAAUUCAACCAAUAAAAAGCUUUCAUUCAUUUCAUAACUCAAAAUAUAUUUUUAUAAGUUCUACAAAAUUUAAAAGACUUACAGUUAAUAAUAAAUUGUAUGUAUGUGUUUUUUCUAUGCGAAACUUAAAUACAAAAAAUGAUAAGCCUAUUUAUAAUGAAAAUUUAACUGAAAAAUUUAUAUCUGAAGUUCCAGAAACACAAUUUGAACCCAUUGAUGUUUUAAAGAAUGUUUUAGAAGACGAAACUUUACAAAAUGUUGGAUUAGGUUCUUGGACUCCAGUUGGUUUAGUUCAAAAUGCAUUACAGUUCAUGCAUAUCACCUUUGAUAUACCUUGGUGGUUAACAAUAGUAGCAGGCACUACAAUUUUGCGUUUGUUAGUGUUUCCUUUAGUUAUUGCAUCUCAGCGACACUCUGUAAAAAUGAAUAAUAUUAUGCCACAAAUCCAAAGUUAUCAACGACAAAUAACGUAUUUUAGACUACAAGGAAAUCCUUAUGAAAUGACAAAAGCAUCAAAAGAUUUGAUGCAAUUAUUGCAAACACAUCAAGUUAAUCCAAUUAAGGGUAUGAUUUUACCUAUUAUACAGCUUCCUAUAUUUUUGAGUAUGUUUUUGGGACUAAGAGAAAUGGCAAUGCUUCCUCUUGAAAGUUUAGUGUGUGGAGGACUCUGGUGGUUUUCGGAUCUUACUAUACCUGAUCCUUAUUUUAUAAUGCCCUUUGUAACUGUGGUUACCCUUGGAACAACUCUAGAAUUUGGAAUUGAUGUAAGCAAAAUUACUUCAGGUGUUGUUUAUGGAAAAUAUGUGAAAUAUGGAUUAAGAGUAUUACCCCUCGCUGUAUUUCCAUUUAUUAUGAAUUUCCCUGGUGCUGUUUGUUUAUAUUGGGCAUCAACUAACUUUAUUUCUCUAUGUCAAGUAAUGUUCUUGAAAAUUCCUAAAGUCAGAAAAUAUUUUAACAUUGAUGAUGAUAUGAAAACUAAAGAAUCUGGAACAAAAAAUGGUGGUUUUGUUGAUGAUUUUAAAGAAUCCUGGAAAAACAUGAAAAUUAUUAAAGAAAUUGAAGAAAGAGAAUAUAUAAAUAAUAUGAAGCUUAAACAAAUAUCUAAAUCAUCACCUAUUAGCACAUUUAAAUAUGAUGCUUCUAUUGAAGGAGGCUUAAAAAAAGAAAAGCAGCGUAAAUAAUAUUAAUUUGUUAAUAUUUUUUAAGGUUAUAGAUUUAUUUAUACUGUACAUAAAUAGAGUAGUAAAAAGAAAAUUAUUUAAUAAAAAUGUUAAUUGAAUAUAUGAUUUACUAAUUCAUAAGUAAUA